UCUCGCAUUUAUUAUUAUUUUUUUUCAAUGCAGCUCGUUUCGUCCUUGGGUCUGGCAAUUUUUAAAGCAUUAGAUUACGGCUUAUCGGAAAACGAAGAAAGAAGUCUUAGCAAUCAAUUAGAGAGUUUAAUCGACGUGAUGACGUCAGCGGAUCAAGAUGACGAAGGUACGACGUCAGAUGAUGACGCUGAAUCUCAAAAUGGUGACGAAGGUAUCGAGAGAGAUGCGGAGGAAGAUGAAACGAACGACGAUUCCGAUUCUAAACAGUCGCAGGGCGUGACUUUAAUUAAAGUAAUGGAGAAAAGAGAGGGAGGAAAAUGA